GACCACUGAUAUUUUUGAACAAAGUAUACUAAAAGAGUGCUGCACAUGAAAGAAGGAUUCAGAAUCAGAAUUAGGAAGGAAAGAGGGGGAGAGAUCCAGAAAGGUUGUGCCCAUUUUAGUUAAGAAUCGAGUUUCCAUUUGCAGGACGCAGAACCCUAAACCCAAAGCCUAGUCAUAGAUGUGCAAUUGGAUAAUGGUUGAUGCAGCUGCUCAGUGUGGUAUCAAUAAACCUUACUGUUUAGAUACUUAUUCUACUGCUGGAGUAGUGUCCCGUGGAAUCAAAUUGUCCCAGAUGAACUAUGGAAGCACAAAGCUCUCAGCAAACGCAAGUUAUUGAGAUCAGUGGAGAUUUUCCUGAUGGCGGAAGAAAGAUUUGUGGGGAAGCACCAUGUGGGUUUGCAGAUGUCGGAUCCAUCUCCAAGGAUUCUGAAGAAAGAUCAACUUCUAUGCGAAAGCUCCUUAUGGCAGUGAUCCUUUGUGUUAUUUUUAUGACUGUUGAAGUGGUUGGUGGCAUCAAAGCUAACAGUCUUGCUAUACUGACUGAUGCAGCACAUUUGCUUUCUGAUGUUGCAGCCUUUGCCAUCUCCUUAUUUUCUUUGUGGGCUGCUGGAUGGGAAGCUACACCUCGCCAGUCAUAUGGAUUUUUCCGAAUAGAAAUUCUUGGUGCCUUGGUUUCUAUCCAAUUAAUAUGGUUGCUUGCUGGUAUUCUGGUAUAUGAAGCCAUUGAUAGAAUCAUUGCUGGUCCUAAAAGUGUGGAUGGUUUCUUAAUGUUUUUAGUUUCCGCAUUUGGUCUUGUGGUUAAUAUCAUCAUGGCCUUGUUAUUGGGUCAUGAUCAUGGCCACGGUCAUGGACACGGUCACGGACACGGACAUGAUGGUCACAGACAUGGACAUGGCCACAGUCAUGGAUUUACAGUUUCUACCCAUCAUGAUGCAAGACAUGCAAAAGAUGAGCACCAUCACACACAUGAUCACACAGACGAUCACGAUGAUCAUCAUUCAAAAGAUGAGCACCAUCAUGAUCACCAAGAGCUUACUCAAUCUCUUCUUGAUGAAUCAAAAACUAAGAAGAAGAAGCAAAGGAACAUAAAUGUACAGGGAGCUUAUCUCCAUGUCCUUGGAGACUCUAUCCAGAGUAUUGGAGUAAUGAUUGGGGGAGCGGUAAUAUGGUAUAAACCUGAGUGGCAAAUAGUUGAUUUAAUUUGCACUCUGAUAUUUUCGGUAAUAGUUUUGGUGACAACUAUCAAUAUGCUGCGAAAUAUUUUGGAAGUUCUGAUGGAGAGCACGCCUCGUGAGAUAGAUGCUACUAAGCUAGAAAGGGGGCUGUUGGAUAUGGAAGACGUGGUGGCUGUUCAUGAACUGCACAUAUGGGCCAUUACAGUCGGAAAGGUUUUACUGGCUUGUCAUGUUAAAAUCAGACGUGAAGCAGAUGCAGACGUGGUGCUGGACAAGGUUAUAGAUUAUAUCAAACGGGUCUAUAACAUCAGUCAUGUAACCAUACAAAUAGAGCGUUAGAUUUCAUCUUCUAUUGAAUAUUUUGUGAUAGUGAAAGAUUAGAGGGGAAGGAUUUAGUACUUGGACUUGUGGAAUUAUGCUUAUGAAACUCAAAUUUCUCUCUAUGGCAAUAAUACUUUCUUUUAUUCUUCUUUCUAA